CGGACACCUCGCCGUGUUUCCGUGUUCGGUCUGCGACGGGUGUGUUUGGUUCGACGUCAUUUAAUCUGGGAAGAAGCCAAGUACACUUUUCAGAGCCGCCAUGUUUCACGGAAUCCCCGUCAGCACAGGGAUGGGAGGAGCUGUUCCUCCUAAGCCUGAAUUGUAUGAAGAAGUCAAGCUGUAUAAGAAUGCAAGAGAGCGGGAAAAGUAUGACAACAUGGCGGAACUGUUUGCUGUGGUGAAAACACUGCAAGCCUUGGAGAAGGCGUACAUAAAGGACUGCGUGACCCCAAAUGAGUACACGGGUGCCUGCUCCAGGUUGCUGGUACAGUACAAAGCUGCUUUCAAGCAGGUCCAGGGUUCUGAUGUGGGCACUAUUGAUGAGUUCUGCAGGAAGUAUAGGCUGGACUGCCCAUUAGCUAUGGAGCGAAUCAAAGAAGACCGGCCAAUAACCAUCAAAGAUGACAAAGGCAACCUCAAUCGCUGCAUUGCUGACAUUGUCUCUCUCUUCAUCACUGUGAUGGACAAGCUACGUUUGGAGAUCCGGGCCAUGGAUGAGAUCCAGCCAGAUCUUCGGGAGCUGAUGGAGACCAUGAACAGGAUGAGCAACAUGCCCCCUGACUCGGAGACCAAGGACAAGGUCAACCUAUGGUUGACCACUCUGAGCAGCAUGUCGGCCUCCGAUGAGCUGGACGACUCCCAGGUCCGGCAGAUGCUCUUUGACUUGGAGUCGGCCUACAAUGCCUUCAACCGUUUCCUGCACUCCUCGUAAACCUUAGUCAGCUCAUCCUACACACCUCUACUCCCCUCCUGCCUACAUAAACCCCGUCCAGCUCCUACUGCACUCCCGUUUGCCAUUUUUUAUAUGCUAUAGAUCAUCGCGGGCGUCCCCUGAAACAGCAGAUGCAGUGUUUUUAUCUUUCUUCUGAUCCAGUCCUGAGAUAUUAUUCUCUUUAUUUAUUGUUCAUUGUAAUCCACUCCCCUCCUUUUACCCUCUUUUUCUCUUUUUGUGCCGGGGUCCUUACUAGUGAGUAAGAGGAGCCUCACACAAUGCCUGUUUCUGCUCUGCUAAAUGGGUACAAGUUCAGAGCCUUUCAUCCAACACCCUCGGUCUGGAUAGCAUUGAGUCGGGUUAACAGAGAAAGCCUGAAUACCAUGAGGGAACAUCUUCAUAGAAAAUCCCUGAAGGUGCACAGUGAGUCUGGCUGUAGCAGUGUCUCCCAGUCCGGUCCUCGUGGAGCCACAGAGAAUCCACAUUUUUGCUCCCUCCCACCUGCUGGUAACAAUGCAAACUGUCUGGCAGGGAGCUGGGAGGGACCAUGGACUGACAGUGGGUCCCUGUCCCUGUUGGUUUCAGCUGCUGCUGUUUCUCAACAAGUGUCACAGAGUUGAAUCCUAUUGUUUCUACACAUGGCUGUUUUUUGUGCCAGAUAUUCCUGUAUGGCAGAUCGCUCUAGGAAAAAAUACUUUUUUCUGUUUAGUUGGUGAUAGGAGUUUGAGUUUCUAUUUAAAGUUUGAAUUAACAGUUGAAACUCUUCAUGAAAAUUAAUCUUAGAAACAGUCUCUUUUAAUGCUAAAACAACUAAUAUCCCAAUGUUUGAAAUUUUAUAUGCUAUUCAAAUAAGCUCUGGCCUUCCUGUGGUUUAUAAAGUGAAUGGGAACGUUGAUGGUGUCGCCAAAUAUCAGCCAGUCUUUCUGACAGUCUAGUAAGAUAUUUGAGGUGCCACUUUUUCAGGCAAUCAUUAGAGAAGAAUAGGAAACAGGCUAGGAAGCAGGAAGCGGGUGAUGAAGAGUAAAGACACGAAGAGUGCUCCAGUGUUGUGCCGUCAUCGUGCUGGAAUCAGACAGCAGCCUGUUGCUACAAUAAGCAUUACAAUUUCACUGUUUUCCCACUUAAUUUUAAGCCAUUGAUUCUGUUAAGUAAAUAACAUGCUCGAUAUUGUAAGUUUGUGGAGGAGUUUGGCGUUCUUUAUGUAGCUCUGUGGAGCCUGAUUGGGGUGGCACUGCCAACGAUGGCUAUGCAGAGGUGCGUCCUGUGCUUUCUGCUCCCGCAAAUCAUACUCUUUUCUCGUUUCUCCAACUCAGUCACAACAUUGGUUAUUGGAAGUAUUUAUUGGUUAGGUUCCUCUUUGUAAAUAUUAAUGCAACCUCUUUUUAAAAAUAAAAAUAUCUACCUCCAGAAA